AUGAUUUUAAAUCUUUUAUGUGAAAAUAUAUUAACAGAAUCGAAUUCUAUAUUUAAGAAAGCAUAUAAGAAUCAAGAUAUCGAAGUUUAUGUUAGUGGUUCUUCAUCACAAUACAUCAACGGAAGUCGUCAAGUAACUAAACCUGAAUACAGUUUCGACCAAAUUGAAAAGAUGUAUGAUUGGUGUUCAAACUGCGGCAAAAAUCAAGAUGAUCAUCCAUGGGCAGUUUAUUCCAUUAAAAACAAAAAGAUUAAAAUCUCAGGUUAUUAUCUUAAAUCUGGGUGUUGUGGUGAUGAUGAAAAUAUAUGUUGUUGUCUUGAUUAUACAUAUUGUUGUGAAUGUUGUUUGUACAGUUGGUCAUUACAAAUCUCAAAUGAUAACGUAACAUGGAAAACAGUUCACAAAGUUGAGAAAGACAAAGAGAUGCGACGAUGCAAAGAGAAAACAUAUAAAUUUAGUGAAACAUACAAUACAAAGUAUGUUCGUCUCAUUCAAGAUGAAUCAUGUCCAGGCGAUCCUCCAUGCAUUGCAUUGAACAAAAUUGAACUUAUCGGAUCUAUUGAAAAUGAAGAUGGCCUUAUAUUUGACGAUCCAGUAAAUGAUGAAGAUGAUGUCAGUAUCAUUGGACAUAUCUCAAAGAAUUUAAAAUAA